AUGUCCAGUGCGUCCCAAUCCUCCCGGCCCGUCGUGCCAAUGCCGCGCUGGUCCAACGCAAUUGGAUGUGCGAGGGCUGUUAUUGCGAUUCUUGUCCUCGCCUUUACUGCCGCAAGCACUGGUAUCUGGGGUGGCUUUCCUGCCUUUGGAAUUGCACUGUUCACCUCAUCAGCAACGUUGAUCAUCUUUGCGUACUAUUUCGUCGCCCUUUCUCGCAAGCCAGCGCUCUACAAUCGCUGGGCAAUUCUCGCCCUCGAGGUGGGUGGCACCCUCUUCUGGCUGGUCAGCUUUGCACUAUUGUCGAGGUGGACAAGCUUUUACAGUCGUUUCUGGUAUGGCAGAGGACCAAGCUACGGUUUCUGGCAUGCUCCGUUUAGGCCUUCGGACAUGGGACUCAGUCCGAGGACUAUCGUCGAGAGAGCUUCCAGCAGCAGAAGAGCAGGCGUCGCCCUUGCAGGAACUGCUGCUGGACUUGGAGGCAUUGAAUUCGUUCUCUUCGGUAUUACCCUGACAGUCUUCGGGUUGGCUCUUCAUCGCCAAAGAGUGGCCGAGUCUAAUCGAACUGGAGCUGCCUCUGCGCCGGCUUCAGCGCCAAUGUCUGCCGGUACACCUGCGAUCGAGGAGGAGAAGGCAGAAGAGACGACACUGGAGAAGCCGCAGCCGGUUGUUGUUUGA